AUGAACAAAUCUCAGCUGGUGAUGGUCUUUUGAAAUUAAGACCUAAGAAAAAUAAAACCAAAAGUAAAACAUGUUCGGUUGGUUUUAUUGCACGUUCCAACAAAAGAUAUCUGCACACUCGGCCCAUAUUUUAUGUGAUAAACGAAAGAAAUCAUUGCCAUGAAAAUGAAGAAAAUGGAGCAGAUUCAUUUUAUUCAUGGCAGUGGAAUUCAAAUGAAAGAAUUAAUAGUGCCAAUAAAAAGGAUUUGCACCUUGUGGAGAAUUUGGGUGUUGUAUAUCUAUUUGGCAUACAAGUUACUUCAAGUCCCCAACAUACUGAUGCUCUAUCAUAUGAACUUAUUCAUGAUGUCACUGGAUAUACUUAUUAUGAUGGAAGAGAUUCUGAUGACUAA